AUGAAAAAGAACAUCCCUGUUUGCUCGGUGUUUUCCAAGCAUCAAGGCCCCACAGGUGAAAUCUGGAAAUGUGGCUUAACUCCGGAUGAUUCAUAUUCAGUGUGUGCCCUGAGGAAUAAAUGUGACUAUAGAACCCCUACCAUUGAUUCUAAUUUUCAAUGGAUUAAAGAAAUACCACUGAAAGUAUCCUGCUUCAUCUGGAGGGCGCAAGCGGGCAGAAUUCCAACCGUAAAUGAACUGUCAAAAAGAGGGGUAUAUGUGGAAUCAUUGACAUGCCAGAUAUGUGAGGAGAUAGAAGAAUGUCCAGACCAUACUCUUGUGGCAUGCUCUUAUGCAACGAUGGUCACAGAGGGGAUAUUAAGAUGGUGUAGGGUGCAAGCUGGAAGCUUUCAUAAGGUGAAUCAAAUUCUAGAAUUUGCUGCCAAGUGGGGAUCGUGUUCCAAAAGAAGGAGGAUUUUUAUGGCCAUUUGUUACUGUAUGCUAUGGUCUAUUUGGAAAGCAAGAAACGAUAGAGUUUUCAAUAACAACCGGCUGCCACCUGAUAAAGUCAUAGACAUUGUCAAAUCUAUGAGCUUUCUUUGGGUGAAAAACAGGGGUAAAAGAAAGGAGUUAGCCUGGGCAAAUUGGUCUCUGUUGAGUAGGUGA